CGUAGCUGCACAAAAAUGGUAAGUAGUUGGCGUCCUAGAAACAUCUACGCCGUCGGCGGCCGCGACGACUGCACCGAGCUCUCCUCCGCCGAGAGGUACGAGCCGAGCACGGACACGUGGUCGCCGGUGGUGGCGAUGACGUCGCGGCGUAGCGGCGUGGGGCUCGCCGUCGUCAACGGCCAGCUCUACGCCGUCGGCGGCUUCGACGGCACAGCAUACCUCAAAUCCAUAGAGGUGUACGACCCGGAGUCGAACCAGUGGCGGCUGUGCGGCGCCAUGAACUACCGGCGGCUCGGCGGCGGCGUCGGCGUCAUGCGCGCGCCGCACCACGACAACCACUACAUAUGGAAUCGAAAAGACUCGGUGGUGUGAACCACCAACUCCCCCCCACUCGCUGUAAAAUAUUCCCCCUCCACUCGUAUCUUUUAAGUCGUUACUCAUUUUAUUUUAUUGUUAUAUAAAGGUAUAUUACUAAUAAAUUGACUAUUUAUAAAUAAAAUAAAUAAAAAUACAAAUUUUAGGAUAUUAUA